CGGAAGUGGGCGUGGCCGCCUGCCGGUGGGCGCUGUGAUUGCAGCCCGCGCGGGGAGCGGAAGUGGGCGUGGCGAGGGGCGUGGCGGAGAGGGGGCGUGGCCCAGUGAGGCGGUGGCGGUGUCCUGUGGUGGCCAGAUCCGGAGCGGAGAGCCCGCGGAGCCCGCCAGACUCCGUGGCCCUGGAUGGUCCCGCGAUGCGGCCGGGCUGAGCCGCCGCCACAGAGGAGAGCACGGCCGCGGAUGGAGGGGCGGGUGUCGCCGAGCCCCGAGGCGGAGCCGGGCCCUGAGGAGGUGCUGCGUUUCCUCGCGGAGCGCGGGGGCCGGGCCCGGCAUGCGGAGCUGGUGCAGCACUUCAGGGGCGCCCUGGGCGGCGAGCCAGAGCGACGCGCCCGCGCCCGCGCCCGCUUCAAGGAGUUGGUCAAUGCGCUGGCGACGGUGCGCACCGAUCCCGUGGAUGGCACCAAGUACGUGCACCUCAAGAGGAAGCUGUGCGCUGGGGCCGCGUCCCUCGGCGGCCAGCCCCACGUUGAGGAGACCGCCGCGCCCUCUGGGGACCCCUCCGGCUUCCAGGUGGCCGCCGCGCCCCGCGUCGAAGUGACCGCCGCGCCGGAGGUCCCCAGCAGCCCGGCCGAGCCGGAGAGCGGCGAGCUCCCCGGGGCCGCAUCCCUGGAAGACCCGCCCGGCGUCCAGGCGUCCGAGGCGUCCUCCGGACAGGGCCUUGACCCCGGCCGUGGGGCGUCCCUGGCCGUCGCCCACGGGCCUGCCCAGAGCGGCGGGGCCCGGAGGAAGAUCUCGCGGCGGGACGUCCAGCCGCUGUCCCGGGCGUCGGCCUCGGGGCCCAGCGAGGACCUGGAGCGCCCACUCAGCCAGAGCGAGGAGGUGGACGUGCGCGGCUCCCCUGGAGGACCCCACACCCCGCGGCCUGCCCGCCAGAGCGUCCGGGACCACGUGGCGGGCAGCUCCCCGCAGCUGAAGAGGGGCGUGUGCCCCGGGAGCGGCAGCCCCGGGGGCUCCUCGGGGACCGGGCGCAGCAGGAGCGGGGCCGACUCGGACAGCGCCUCGGUGGCCUCGUCGUCCGCGGAGGAGGAGGGCGGCGGCGGCGGCGGGGGCUCGGUGACCCUGGACCCGCUGGAGCACGCCUGGAUGCUCUCAGCCUCGGACGGCAAGUGGGACAGCCUGGAAGGGCUGCUGGCCUGCGAACCUGGCCUGCUCGCCAAGCGGGACUUCAUCACUGGGUUCACUUGCCUGCACUGGGCCGCCAAGCACGGUCGGCAGGAGCUGCUGGCCAUGCUGGUCAACUUUGCCAACAAGCACCAGCUGCCGGUGAACAUCAACGCCAGGAGCAGCGGAGGCUACACCGCCCUGCACCUGGCCGCCAUGCACGGGCACGUGGAGGUGGUCAAGCUGCUGGUGGGGGCCUAUGACGCGGACGUGGACAUCAGGGACUACAGCGGCAGGAAGGCGUCGCAGUACCUCAGUCAGAGUACCGCCGAGGAGAUCCGGAGCCUGGUGGGAGCCCUGGACGACUUGGACGCCGAGAGCGCGGGCAGCGGCGGGGGUGGGCGGUGGAGGCUGUCCAAGGUGCUCCCGUCGCACCUCAUCACCUACAGGCUCUCGCACGUCCUGGAGGAUGGGGGCGACCACCACCACCACCAUCACCACCUGACUGAGGGCUGGGCUGGAGGCAAAGCGAAGGAUCCGGGUCGCAAAGCCUCCAGUGCGCGGAUAAAACCCAGGCUCAACAAAAUCCGCUUCCGAACCCAGAUCAUCCACACCACGCCGUCUUUCAGGGACCCAGAGCAGCCGCUGGAGGAAGGCGAGGAGGAGGAGGAACGGCCUCUGAAGGGUCACUCUUCCUCCUUCAAGUUGAGACCGAAGUCCAAUGUAUUUGGGUAAAAAUCAUUGCUUUCAGGAAGGCUGAGGUGUGUUUGUCUUACAAAGAGUGGAAUACUGUGUGUGGAUAAGGAAUGAGGCAGGAGGUCCUGAGGCUGGAAUGGUGCAUUCUCCAGGGACUGGAGUUCCCUUGGGGCCCGACUCGGAGAAGUGGAGUCACCGCUGGGACCCGUGCCUGUUCCCCACCCCUUCCCCCAGGAGUCCCUGUUUCUGAGGACCUGAUGUAUUUGAAUUAGGGCGACAGCUGAUAACUGAGGGUCCCUUUGCUUUAACCGUUCCUGGAUGCCAUGCAGAGUAAGGACUAUUGCACUUCUUCUAUGUAUUUUUUUUUACAGUGGUUACUCUUUCAAAAGCAACAAAAACAACAAAAAAUGGGAAUUGUAAUGAAACAGGUAGUGUUUGUAAGUGUGAACUACUUGUGGCCCUGUUUUUUUCACUGAUUGCAUUUGGUCUGUAAGGUACUACUGAGGGUCAGGUCAGAGCUGAACUGCAAGAAUACUAGAGAAUAGUGUGAUGAAGCAUAGGAGUUCUGUCAGUAUCCUGCUUGUAUUAUGAGUAGCAGGUCAGGGACUUUUAACAAGCAGCUUCCGUUUUAAUCACUGACCUAAAAGAAGCAGGCAACAGUUCACUCUAGAGUUAAUCUGUAAUGUGGUUUCCAACCCUCUGACAUCACCACACUCAGUAUUAAGGCACGUUAUUAAUGAUUACACACAUUUCUACUUUAGAAGUGUACUUAGCAGCCUAAGGUACUUUUAAUCAUUCUGAUUCUCACUAACUUGUUUUGCUAUUGUAAAAGUCUAAAUUUGCUGGUGUUUUUAUCCUGGGGAUCAUAUAACAUUGGUUCUAUCUGGCACAACCAUAUUUAAUGGUGCUUGGGUCCACAUUACCUGCAGAAACCAUGUCUGGUUGAGACAGUUAGCAAAAAUUGGCACAAAUAUUAGUGAGCCUAUGCUUCUGUGAAGUAAUUUUUAAAUCAACUUAAUGAUUCUCCUAUAAGAGACAUUUUUAAAUUUUACUAAUAACAUUGAUAGUCUCUGUGGCUUGUAGCAACCUUUUGCAAAUGUUUAAAAUGCUAAAUCCUAUUUUCCUAGGAUUCUUGGAAUCUAUUAGAGACCUAGGGUGUAGUAACUGAAAUGCUGGGACUACCCAGUUAAAAAUGGCACUUUAUAAAAGGGAAGAGAAGAGAUGGGCCUAUUUCUAUAUUUCAAUGCUGCUAGCUGUUGAAUUGCUUUGUAUGUAAAUGAAAUUUAUAUACAAAUUUAAGACUUAAGUACAGUUCUUAAUUAUAUUUCAUUCAUUUAUGUUAGGGUGACUAGCUUUAUAAUUGCAUUAAAGUUUAACUCAUAGGCAUAUUAAAUCUGUAACAAAGUUCAAAACAACUUUUUGGAGGACUAAUUUGAACAAAUCCAUCUCCCUUAGGUUUUUUUGACCCUGAGAUGGCUGAAACUUAAGUAGCUACAGCCUGCAGGAGAAAGGAAUGAGUUGACACCUGCAUGGCCGAUGAACCUGUGUAUGAACUGCACAGAGCUGCAGCAUUUGGAGCUCUUAGACUUUUAGUUUUCCAGGUCAUAGGAGUUUGUAAACAAUUCAUCACAUCUCUCUAGAUGCUAACUGAAUUUCUUUAGAGAUGGAUGAAAAAAUUCACCUGAAGUUUAUAGGAACGUUCACCUGUUUGUGUACCUUUCCUUUUGUUUUAGGAUUAUGGAAAUGGACUGUUUAUUUACAUUUGAGCAGGACUUUUCCUCCACACAUGUGAGUGAAAAACUAGUUUUGUGUGAAUUGAAAAUAGUUUCCUUGAAAGUGAAAAGCAGUUAUUUUUUCUGAAUCUAUAUGUGUUACCUAUUUCUAGUGCAGAAUAAGCUAUGACUUCCCACUGAGGAGCCCUAAAUUUUAUAGACAUGGAAGCUAAAGUAGCUGUAAAGAGUAGACACUUCAGAACCUUCUAGAGGCUCUGUUGAGGUCAGUGUUAAUCUCUUAAAUAUGUGUGUUACUAACUAAUUGUACCAAAUCUGUGAUGCUAAGCCUUUAAAGACUGAAUCAGCACAUCACGUAACUUGCUUUUCACACUAAAGCCUUCAACUUUUCUCAUAAAAUAAUGCUUUAAAUUUUCAAAAAUCAUUCCUGAAAGAAACUACUUCUAGCAUUCUUUCUCAUUAUGUCAUUGUGUGCAGUAAGUGUAGCAUUUUAAGCCACAUAACUCUGCAUUCCUCUUGUUUUUCAGUUUCCAAUUGAGAUGAUAGAAAACAAGACUUGUGUAAUUUGAUAUUUGUGGAGUUGUGCCUAUCAUUAAUGGAAAUACAUAUGCCAAGUACUUAGACGUUUAUUGAUAAUGAAACUAUGUGGCUAAAAAAAAACCCAUGUAUAAAUAAAUAAUCCUAAUAAUAAAAACAAACCCGGAUACAUCCAUGUGUUUGUUACAGGUACACUUGAAACUAGUGACUGUUUGUCACCCUUCACUUUUAUGGUACGUGAAUGCAGCUCACUUGUAUAACUUGAAAAUCUGGUACUGUUUUAUUCAUGCCUUCAGGUCUGAGAUGCCUUGUCUCUUGUUUGUUAAAUAAGUGAAAACUUGGGAGUUUGUAAAAUCUGUUAAGUUCGUUUGUCAAAAUAAAAGAUUGACACUAGAA